UCAGUGUUUAAAAUAAACGUUGUCCCGUCAUUCUCAGAUAAAACGUUGAUCCUGUUUCAGACGGCUCCAUUUCUCUAGAGACGUUGCAGAGGCAGCAUGUUAUGAAAGGAAGAUUAUUGGACCAAAGCAGAGCAACACAUGGUUCCAGGUUGAGGUCAGGAUGGGGAACACCUCACCCAGGGUUCUGGUCUCACUCUUGCUGAACACACUGCUCUGCUGUGGACAAACUCUCGACAGACCCAUGGCCACAUUGACAGCAGGUCCAACAACCAUACCAGUAGGGGGCAGUGUGACACUGAGCUGCUCAGUGGAGCCCUCUGCUGGAUGGAAGUACAGAUGGUUCAGGCGGACCUCAGACACUUCUUUUGUUGAAUUCAACACAAAUAAUGAAGAAAACAGAGAAAUCACUGUGACACAAGGAGGAAUCUAUAAGUGUGAUGGAAAGAGAGGAAAUCCCUCAUUCUACAGUCAUUCAAGCCAUGAUAACAUCAUUGAAAUAAUGUUUUCCAACAAGGUUUUUGUGACUCGACAGCCAAACUGGCCUCAGAUGUUCAGUGGUGAGUCGAUCACUCUGACAUGUGAGGUCCAGGGAGGAGAAACCACUGAGUGGACGUGUGAAUGGAGGAGAUCUGGGUCAAUAAUACACAAGACACACAGUAAAGACUGGACUUUAAUUGUCUCUGAGUCCAGCAGUGGAGACUACAUGUGUCAGUGUAGAAGCAGAGAUGACUGGUAUUCUUCAACACAGUGGAGUGAAACCAUCAGACUGUCUGUAUCAACAGAUAAACCUGGAGCCAAACUGACAGCAGGUUCAACAACCAUACCAGUAGGGGGCAGUGUGACACUGAGCUGCUCAGUGGAGCCCUCUGCUGGAUGGAAGUACAAAUGGUUCAGGCGGACCUCAGACACUUCUUUUGUUGAAUUCAGCAGAAAUAAUGAAGAAAACAGAGAAAUCACUGUGACACAAGGAGGAAUCUAUAAGUGUGAUGGAAAGAGAGGAAAUCCCUCAUUCUACAGUCAUUCAAGCCUUGAGAACAUCAUUGAAAUAAUGUUUUCCAACAAGGUUUUUGUGACUCGACAACCAAACGGUUCUCAUGUCUUCAGUGGUGAGUCGAUCACUCUGACAUGUGAGGUCCAGGGAGGAGAAACCACUGAGUGGACGUGUGAAUGGAGGAGAUCUGGGUCAAUAAUACACAAGACAGACAGUAAAGACUGGACUUUCAAUGUCUCUGAGUCCAGCAGUGGAAACUACAUGUGUCAGUGUAGAAGCAGAGAUGACUGGUAUUCUUCAACACAGUGGAGUGAAACCAUAACAGGUGAUUUAAUUGCUGUUUUUUUCUGAACAGAUUGUAGAAAAAAUGUUUUCCUCAUAUGUUGGAUUAAAUGAAGUUUCUUCCCUGGACAGACUAGAAUAAAACUGACUAGUCCUCAUUUGAGUUAUGAAUUUUUAACUGCAGAAAACAAGGAGCUGAUUUUUAUUGUUCACUUCCUUUAUCAAGUUACAAUAAUAAAACCACAACUGAUAUAAUUUGUGUUGCUAUGUGCACAUUGUUCCCAAAGUUGUUCUUUAUCUAAAGAAUAAAACAGAAAACUUCUAGGAGUUAACAAGUUGAGUGUUGAACUAUUUUAGUCAGAUUUCUCUUUAAAUGUCUUUUUGUUUAGAUUAAGCAGCUCAUUGUUGUGAUCCAAGUUUGUUUGACCUGGUCUGAACUGUGAGGAUAGAUCAGCAAAACUAAAUGCAGCAGGAUUCCUUUAAUAACAUCAAUAUUCACUCAAGCUCAUAUUAGUUUCUUAUGAUAUUAUGAUCUCUGAUACAGUUACAUCACUACUUCCUCAAAAUAACAGUAGAUAACUUUUUUUUCAGUAAAAUUAAAGUAAAACAUGUUCUAACUGGCCACUGUGAGGAUGUGGUUUUAUUCUCUGUGUGUUAAUUUAGUUCCCGUCUCUCUGGCCAUGAUUGCUCCCAGCUGUCUCUUGUGUUCCCUGAUUACCUUCCCUGUGUAUUUAAUCCCAUCUGUGUUGCUACCAGUGUUUGAGCUCUUCGCCUUAUUGCUCACUUGUGCUGCCUGGACUUUGUAUUUUGUGAAUUCUUCAUUAAAACCAUCAUCAUUUGCUCUACAA